ACCUAAUCCAGAAGGCUGUGGAAUUAGCCGCUCGGGGGUUUGGUCGUGGAGGUAUUGUUAUGCUUUCUAAAAUUUUAACUUUUUGACAUUGGAAAAAUUUUCCAUGCAACCCAUAAAGUUAGAAAAGUGGCUGUUAAAUGAUCAAAGUUCUGCGUCUUCUAAAUUUACUCGUUUGGUUCCACCUCUUUCGCUGUUUUAACAUGAGCAGCAACUAAUCGGCAUUCAGCGAACAGCCUCAAAAAAGAACUUUCUCCCAAGUAAGGUUUGUUGUGUAGGUAACCAAUUGUUCAUUGCGCGAGGAGAGGAACAUAACACAAAAUAUGUUGACGUUUCGCACUCCAAAUUCUUAAGGAUGGAACCCUUUGAGGGCCAACCAGAAGAUGUGCUUAUUGGGAAACAGGAACAUCUUGAAAAUAGCUCGAACGGUACACUAAAUGAUGAUAAUGUAGACGGCUUAGACCAAAGUAAUCCAAAUUUGUUGGAUUCAAACAAUCAUGACGACGAUGGAUCUAUGUUACCCACAGACUGUCUCAAUGGAGAAGUGGAAGCACCUGCAUUGGAUGGAAUGGACCAAGAUGCUCCAGGAAGUCCAACAACUGGAGUGGAUGUUCCGGGUGUUAAUACAUGGUCAAACAUAAAAUGUGUUUAUUGUGAAACGGUUUUAACUCUGAAUGACCAACCUAGACUUUUAGAGUGUUUACACACAUCAUGCAUGUCAUGUAUAACAUCGAAGAUAAAUGAACCUAACCAAGAUACUGGAGAUGUUGUUGUGGAAGUCAAUAGUAUUGGUUGCCCUGAAUGUUCUGUCACCAGCAUUAUCAAUGGCAUCAUUGACAAUCAGUUUUUGCUGGAAUUGUGUAUGGAGAGUGAAAUGGGAGCCAAUCCUGACUUAAACAAGUCUCUCUCAGACUUGAAAUGUUCAAGCUGUCAAGAUAGUGCACCAGCUACUAGCUGGUGUGUUGAUUGUGCUGAGUUCAUUUGCGAUGAUUGUGUUCAGGCCCAUCAAAGAUUAAAGAUAACAAAAGAUCACUCAAUAAAACCAAAGGAAGAGGGUGAUUUAGAGAACCAUACAUUAGCAAGCACAGCGACUUCAAAAAAUUUCUAUUGUAACAUUCAUCCACAGGAACAACUUACUUUAUUUUGUGAAACCUGCGAUAGACUGACAUGCCGAGAUUGUCAGUUGACUGAACAUCGAGACCAUAAAUAUAAGUUCAGUCAUGAAAUUGCCUCAGAGUCCAGAGGGAUGAUUAACAAUUUGUUAUCUGAAGUGAGCUACAAGAGAGUUCUCUUAAAGAGUGCUACCAAGGUCAUUGAAGAUAGGCAAGUACUGAUUGUCGAGAAAAAGAAAGCACUUCUUCAAGAAAUAACUCAAAUGGUUUAUCGUCUAACAAAUGCUAUCAACCAAAGGGGAAAACAAUUAGUAGUUCGUCUUAAUGAGGUUUGUGAUGCCAAACAGAAGACGUUGACAGAGAAAAAAAUGGCAUUGGAACAAUUAUCUUUAGUGACAGACCACUGCAUUGACUUUGUCACAAACGCUGUUAAUAAGGGUAGUGACAUGGCUCUUCUCUUUAGUAAAAGACAAAUUACUCAGCAUCUCCAGAGAAUCAAAAGCAAAAGGGCAGAUAUUCCAAACCCAGAAAUUCCUGUCAGGAUACACUUAGCGACUGACAAAGUUCCUGACUUAAUAAGAGUGCUCUCCUCUAUCGGCAAUAUUGUUGUGGACGGACGAGUCUAUCCGUCGCAACACAACAACAACAACACUAGUAAUCAAUCUGGGUCCAACAGUGCUGGGCCUGUAUCCAACGCCCCAUCCGCUUCCGCCACCUCCCCUGCCACUAUCACUCAACCCCAGCAACACCAUCAACCACCAUCACUGCACGGACAACCAACUGCUAACCAAGCAGGUUACUCAACUGUGCCGUCGUAUUUUCCCCCGGGCUCCUCCCUGCGGCAGUCAACAUCCAUGGGAGCCGCGGGGCCGCCGAGAGCCGCAACGCCGCCGCAAACCCAACACCUUCAGAGCUUGCAGUCCUUACCAGCACAGGUGGCUCGGAACUUGAACAUGCUGCGACAUUCACCUCACAACCCUCAAGGCCUUGGCCUCAUGCGAACACAUCACCAGCAGGUGACGUCUUCUACACACCCUAUAGCGGACGGGCGCAAUGUAACCCUGCAGGCAAUGCUGAACCCCAGGGCUGCACCACCUGGUGGCCCAACUCCUCCUCUUGUUCAAGCCCCUCACCAGGGCCAAGGCCGAGCUACUCUGGCAAUGGGACCUGUGGGCCAUCCGGCGCAGCACCCUUCCGGGAUGCCCCAUACUCAACGACGCUACCAGGACCCCAUCGUGGCCCAACAGCAGGCGGCGGCGCAGCACCACUACCAGAGAGAAUACAUGCGACAGCAGCAGCAGCAUCAGCAGCAGCAGCAGCAUCAGCAGCAGCAGCAGCAGCACAAUUUGUAUGGAACGUACCACCCUGGCCCGGGGACAGCUGGCUCGGCAAUGUGGCCGGGGCAAACGGGUCAGCGUGGAGGUCAUCAGACUCAGGGCGUGCAACAGCAGGGUCCGCACCCCCCAUCCCAGGCCACGGCCCAGGUUCAGGCCCAGGCCCAGGCCCAGGCUCAGGCCCAGGCGCAGGCCCAGGCUCAAGCGCAGGCCCAGGCCCAGGCCUUACACCAAUGGCAUAUUCCUCAGCACGGGGUCAGCCAGCUCGGCAAUCUUGGUCGCUCUGGCCAGGGCCCGAACCACCAGGACAACAAUUCUUACAAAAUUACCCUCAAGACCCAGGUGUCACCUCUGCAGCAGCAGCCGCAGGCAUCUUCGCCAGGCGUACCAGGAGCCUCGAUCAGCGUUGGCCCAGUGCCUGGGGCCAUCCCCAUUAAUAAGCAAUCUUUGACAAGUAUAUCUGUUACGAGAGAAGAAUCCCGCACACCUCGUCUAAAUGACCGGAGCUCCUCCUCCAGUAUCAGCUCCAACCACAGUAAUGGAGAGCGCAGCAUUAGCAGGCAGUCAUCCACAAGCUAUAUGGUGUCAUCUUCAGCACCAAAAACUCCAAGUCCAAGCUUAAAUAAACCUGAAGAUGCAGAAAGAAGCUUGGACAAAUAUUGCGAAGAAUCUGUUAAUGAUUUGAUGGCAACCAUAGCCAAGCUGGACAGCAAUGGUAUUGUAGUAAUUCCAGAGCCUCAACCGCCUGCACCAAUGCAAUUGACUCAGGCUGGUGAUAGCCCACAAGUGGAUUCAUCUACUGGUGACACCAGGCAUCAAGUGGUUGAAAAACAAGAAGAGGUUGAGCCUGCUAAAGAUGAUCCAAAUGAGGAUUGGUGCGCAGUGUGUAUGGAUGGUGGGGAAUUAGUUUGUUGUGAUAAGUGCCCCAAAGUUUUUCAUAUGCACUGUCACAUUCCCACACUUGAAGCUCUGCCUGAAGAUACAUGGCAGUGUUUACUUUGCACUGACAUAAAUGAAGUUGUAAGUCAUUUCCAAGAUGGAAAAACCCAGGGAACUUUAAGCUCAAAUGAACUAAAGCUUGCGCGUCGGCUUGUUCUUGAGCUAUACUGCCAAUAUGAACCUAGUUUGCAAUUCCGAGAUAUUGGCUCUGGCACUGAGGCAACAUCAUAUAACGACCAAAUAGACAAUCCAAUGUGUCUUGAAACUGUCCGUAGCAAACUUAGCCCUGAUCAUUCAGAGCAUUAUUCUGAUUUAACUGAAGUUAUACGUGAUAUUCGCCUAAUAUUUAAGAAUGCUUUUGCCAACAGCAGUAAUGACAGCCAAGUGUAUGGUGAUGCAAAAACCUUAGAAGAGUUCUUUGAACAUCUUCUGACCAAGUGGCUUCCAAACUUUGAUUUUUCCAAAUCUAAUGGUGAUUCUGAAGAGGAAGCAAUGAUUGAUGAUAUUAAACAGAGUAAUGAUAGUGAUCAAAUACCCCCUGCAAAGAGACUCAAAAGAGGUGUGGUCGACUGAUGUUACGCUACUGGGGAUGUGUUAGCGGAGUCUGUUAACAUAUUUCCAGCUGGCAACAACUAUAAUAUAAAAAUUUCUACUGUUGUGACAUUUCUCCAAGAGAAAAAGAUUUAGAGAUAUAUCUCAAAUUAAAUAGGUUGGUACAUCUAAACACUAUCCAUCUGAUAAUAUUGUCUGAUGUGUUUUGAGUUUCUGAAUGCUACUCAUUGGUAGUCUUCUUGAUGCCUUAUGUCAAAAACUGUUGAAAGCAACAUGUAAGGAAUAUUCAGUAUUUCAAGCAUCUAUUAAUGAUAUUCAGAAAAAAAGUACAGCUUUUGUUUGUUCCUAUUUCGUAAUAGUAUACACUCAUCAGAUUAUUUUUGUAUGAAUGAGGAUUGAAUUGUACUUACAUACCCUGGUGUAUUUAUAAAACUAUUUUUCUCCUGCAUGGUUUGUUCUAUCAAAAAUCAUGUCAAUUCUCAUUUAAUUACAUCAACAACUGCCUCUCAUUGUAUCAUAAUAAAUCUUUGAAAUGUUCUCCCAUUUUAAUCUAAAUUUUACUUUGGAUUUUUGGACCUCUAAUUAAGUAAUUAAGGAUUGGUUUUGAAGAUGCUGGUGUUGGUGUUCUGAGUCAUGCUUGUCUUUAAAGCUGUUGUGUGUUCAAAGUGAGUAUGGCAAUCUGUGUUUGAUCUCAUGCUGUGUAAUGAAGCAUGAAGAAUACUGUGAUACUUUGAAUAAUUAUACAAUUAAUCUGUACAUGAUUGUGGAAAACUCGGUUGUCAUCCUAAGGCUUGAGAAACGAUGUUUGUUUUAUUUUUUAAUUAGCAUUAAAGUAUCUCUUCUAACAACAUUUUUGAAUUAUUCAAAGUUGGAACCAGAUUUCACUUCUGUAAUAUUUUCUGUCUGUGAAAUGAAAACAUUUCUUCCCCGUUGCCUUUAAUAGAUUAUAAACCAUGACUUCAUCAUCUUCUGAAAAUCAUAAUCACAAAUCACUGUCAGUGCUGUGUCAUAAAGUACUGCUCUCAUUCUCUCUAGUGUGUCAGAUAGUUCAUCAGUAUUUUUCGAUCGAAACAGAUGGAAAAUUGUCGCCUAUGAUCAAACCUGCCUAUUUUCCACAGUUUUUGAAUCUUUUUAUCUACUUUCAUUGUUUUGAAUCUGAAACCUUUCUCCAGUUUGUUUAACCAGCGUAGUCUUGCCUGCAUACUUUAUCUAAGAAAGAUUAGAAUUUAAGUUGUAUUGAUCCUCUAGAAAACUGUUGUUACCUAUGUGCAAUUAAUUGGCACUUGUGCAUAAUAAUCAUUGAUUGAAUAUUUAAUUUUUGUGUGCAUUUAGUAAUCACUUGCAUAAAAAAUAAGUCUACUUUCUACAGAAUUUGCUGUAAUUCUGUGUUCUGAAGAACAUAUGCAAUAUUUACCUCAUGGCAGGAAGUCCUAAAUUUAGGGAAGAUGAUGAUAUUCUAUUUCAUGUCCCUCAUUCUUAAAUUGACCUAUGUUUUGGUCUUGAACAAUCUGUAAAUGUUGUGAAAAUGUGUAAUUUGUUUUAAGGGGUAUGGUGAUUAGACAAAAUGAAACACAGUAUUUGUCAUAUCAUGUUAUGAUGUUGCUAGCUGGAAACUGGGCUUUAUUUUCUUUUUUUGCAAGCUAGCCUGCGGUAAUUUUCUUCAAGGACAUUAGUUUUGUGUAACUAGCGAAACUGUAGCUCGUUGUUAUGAUAUGUUUAGUUAUAUUUAACAUUGUGGAAGCCACUUUGAUUUUGUUACUUUGUUGAUAGUGUGAUGUGCUAGUACUUAGCAUUCUUAUAAAUAUUGUACAUAGUUUGGUUUUAAGAAAGAUAUUUCCUAGUGACUUUUCUUGUUAUGUUCAGACUACUGUAUUUUUUUUUUUUUAAAGUGAAGAAAUGUUAUAUAAUUAUUGUUUUACAAAUUUAAGAAACAGUGACCUUCUCAUGAAUCAUUUAAAAUAUCCACUAAGAAAUUUCCCCUCUCAAAUAAUCUUCCUCCUUUCAGAUCUUGACUUAUGUUCUUUAAACAUAUGAUAAAAUGUUUGAAAGCUGGAUGACAUCCAAGAUCUUGUGCCAAACUGGUACCUGCAAAAUAUUGUUACAGCACCCACUGUUGGGUGUCCACAAAAUACGCUUCCGUUUAUUUAAAAUCCUUAAGACUGAAAUAUAUCUUAACCUCUAGCAGAAAA